AUGGAGGAGUUAGACGUUGAGCCGACAACAACUAACAUCCCGGCCAGUGAAGGAAAUCAUUUGGGGUUUGUUUGGGGUCCUGGAGACAUAUUGGUGUAUGACACUAUCUACAAAUCAUCAGGCUCUGUGGGUACAUGCUCCUCCUUCAUCCAUGAGGUUAGGAAAGAUGAGGACAUCUACUCUCCUAUUUUACGCAAACUCUUUAAUGAAUCCCACCACAUCUUCGUCGGACUGCAGACCAUUAGAGAGGACCUGCCUAACAAAAACAAGAAAACACAGUUCGUCAGCAUCAGUAAAAACUACAGAUCAGUUAUUCGAGCGUGCAUGGAAGAGCUACAGCAAGUUGCAGUUUUAACACAAGAUACAGAAUUGGCCACACAGUAUGGAAAUCAGGUGUCAAUUCUCUUGGCUAUCGAGCUGAUCUGGAAUCUUUGUGAAGUGCUUUUCAUUGAUGCUGCUCCAGGGGGGUCUCUUCUGCUGCACCUGCUGGACUGGGUGAGGCUGCACAAGGCUGAUGUGGAUGAGAAGGCCCAGGAGGUCCUUCAGAGUGAGAGCCCCACUGAGCACCAUGGCUACUGGGAUGUGGUGCUGAGCUAUCUGAUGCAGGGCAGAAUGGACGAGGCCAGACAGAUGCUGGUGAAGUGGGGCGUGUUGAAGCCGGCUGCCAGAAGCAUGUAUAAGCAGAUGGACAACCUGCUCAGCAAGAUGCCUGUCUACAACCCUGGCGGAAGCCAGACACUGACAGAGUUCGACGUCAAAUGGAGACACUGGCACGACAUGGUGGACCACAGCCUGCAAGACAACUCCUUCGCCAGUGAUCCCAACCUGGAGCUCAUCUGCAAGAUCUUGAUGGGGGAUGAGGAUGCCAUACUGGAGCAGAAGGACCUGCUCAGCACCUGGUAUCACUUCCUGGUCACCCGCCUGCUCUUCUCCCACCCCACGGUCAAGCCCACAGAGCUGCAUUACUAUGCACAGUCAUGCCUGGCCAUGUUUGACUCGCGAAGCGCCCCAGAACCUCUGGACAGCAUCUUAUUGGCUGCCUUUGAGUUUGACAUCCACCAGGUCAUCAAGGACUGCAGCAUUGCCCUCAACAACUGGUGGUUUGUUGCCCAUCUGACGGACCUACUGGAUCACUGCAACCUCCUUCAGUCCCACAACCUACAUUUUGGCUCGAACCUGAGGGAGUUUCUGCUGCUGGAGUAUGCCUCGGGUCUGUUCACCCAUCACAGUCUGUGGCAGCUGGCGGUGGACUACUUUGACCACUGUCCCGAGUUUGGCCGCGUAUACCUGGAGCAGCAGAUUGAGCAUGUUCCCCUGGACACGGAGCGCAAGGCUCUCAAGGUCCUCAGGAUCUGUGAACAAAGGCAGAUGUCCGAGCAAGUGCGAAGCAUCUGUAAGAUAAUGGCCAAGCGGGCACUGAGGAACAACCGGCUUGGGUCUGCUCUCUCCUGGAGCAUCAGGGCCAAAGACGCCGCCUUCGCCACACUCAUAUCAGAGAGAUUCCUGCAAGACUACUGCGCCAGGGGUACCUUCUCUGAUCUAGACCUGAUCGACAACCUUGGGCCGGCCAUGUUGCUUAGCGACAGGCUCACCUUCCUAGGAAAGUACCGCGAGUUCCACAAGCUGUACGGGGAAAAUCGCUUCUCGGACGCCGCCACGCUCCUCCUGUCCCUCAUGACGGCACAGAUCGCCCCGCGCAGCUUCUGGAUGACCCUGCUGACGGACGCGCUGCCCCUGCUGGAGCAGAAGGAGGCUAUCUUCUCAGCGGACCAAACCCAUGAGCUCAUCUUCUGUCUGGAGGACCUCACUUCCUCACUGAAGAUCCCCACGGGCCUGGAUGCACCCAUGCAGGAUGAAGACGUGGAGGUAACCAAGGUGGAACUGCUGAGACUGGCCCUGGCUAGGAACCUUGCCAUGGCCAUCGUCAAAGAAGGGACCGUGGCAGUCUGAAGACCAGUGUUUUAGCUGAAAGCCUUUGUCUUUUUUUUUUUUUUUUACCCCUCCGUGUUGUAUUGUUUUUGUACUGUAUAUUAAAUCAACUGAUUGAAACAUGCUUUUUGAUAAUAAACAGUUAAGUAAAUACAUUGAAA